AUGGCAGCUGUAUCAAACGAAUUUUGGAAUGACAAAAUGAAACGUCUUUUCCAUCUUUACGAUAUUGAUCGAGAUGGUUCAAUAACACCAGUUGAUUUUGAAAUUCUUGCUGAUAAACUUUCAUCACUAGUUGGUCAAGACGAUACAAAACGACGUGAAGAUUAUGCAACUGCUCGAAAACUUCUUUGUCAAGAAAUAAUGCGAGCUGAUGAAAAUCAAGAUGGAAAAGUAACACUAGAAGAAUGGCUCCAAUUUCAUCGACGUCUUGCAGACGAAUUACGUAAGCCAGGUACACAUCCUGAAUUAUUAGAACAAUUAACUCGACGAAUUAAUACAACAUUUAAUAUGCUUGAUCUUAAUCAUGAUGGUCAUAUAGCACGAGAUGAAUGGGUUAAAACAUGUCAAUUUUUUGGUGUUGAUAAAGAUGCAGCUGAUAAAACAUUUACAACAGUUGCUCAAGGAGAUAAACUUGACGAAAAGAAAGCUAAAACGCUUUUCUAUGAUUACAUUAAACUUGAUGAUCCAAAUCAUAUAUCUAACUGUUGCGUAUGCUUCCUUUAA